AUGGUGGAUAAUGCACCAGUGAUGCAUGCGGAUGAUAGACCAUCCUUGAGAGCAUCACGAUUGGUCAGGAAACCACUGAGAUCCCCUAGUAACAAGGCACGGUCGACGGCACUCAACCGCAAAGACUCUUCUUCUACUAGUACGACUACGACGAUCCAUACCACUCCAUCCGAGGUUUUCCACGAUAUUCCAAGAAGCAAGAAAACCACUCCGAUGAAGAUGGCCACACCCACAAUACAACCCACCAAAACCCCUUUUGAAUCUCCUCGCAAUGACAACCCAUUUCUUGCGUUAAUAGAUAGCUGCGACAAAUGGCUUCAACAAAAUUCAAUGGAGUCGAUUGACGAUCUAUCAAUUAUCACUCUCGACACUACAGGAACUGGCUCCGAGGACGACGCAACUAAGGCAGACACCCCACCAAGGAUUAACACAUCUACCAAUGCUCAGAACGGGCGACGUCGGAAACAACAAAAUAAAAAGAAACGUUCGAACCAAAUUCCAGCCAUCAUUGAGCCAACAUCGUUGCCAAUACCACCAGUCCUUUACAACAGCUCUGAUACUCCAGUUGCAUGGGAGGUCACUCAUCCAUCCACAACCAAACUUUCAACAUCAAAAAGACAACGGAAGAAACAGAGACCCACCAAGAAUGUCGCCGUCUAUGCCAAAGUCGACAGCACCCAAGCGAUCACAACAACCAAUUUAUUAAUUACUGAUCUGACAGAUGACACUGCAUGGCCGGCCCUGUCCAAGGGCAGUGGUGUGAAGCUCUGCGACUCGAAAGCAAUACCGCAACCCUCCGACAUCCCAAGCGCUGCGCUUAGUAUUCCAGACACAGCGACUUGGUCUCACAACAGCGAUGACUAUGUCAACUUAUGCUAUGAUACGAAAUGUUCCACUCUACUGAUUGUUACCGAUGCUCGAACCAAUAACUCGAGUUCUGACAAUACCACUGAUGAUGCAACCAACAAACAAGAAGCAGCGACAACAGCAUACGACAACACAAACUUGCUACCUGGCUGCGGGACGAACAGUGUCAGCUGCUCUUCCUGGAACCUACUCCGACGGCACCGACACCCCUAUCGAAUCAAUGAUCACCAAUCACGAAACUGUUUCUGUGACUCCUUCACUACGUGA